AUGAUGGUUUGGAAAACUUUGCUUGCCACUUUCAGAAAAGUUAAAAGAAAUGACCUAGCUGCUGAUGAUACAUUUACUUGGCGUUAUUGGCAAAAGUUGCAAUUUAUUGCAAAAUUUAUUGCUAAACCUGCAAAAUCAGAAAAGCAACCGAAAAACGACAGUAAAAUAAAAUUAGGUAGAGUAAUAAAAGACAAAAUUUUUCUUACCGCCGAGAAGGAUGAGGCUCUUAUAUCUGCUUGCAAGGAUCGUCCUAUUCUUUGGGAUCGUUCUCAUCCUGAUUACAAAAAUAUUGUUCAAAGAGCCUAUGCCUUUGAUCAAGUGGCUAAAAUACUUUCUGAUGAUCAUCAUAAAUAUUCUAGAGUAAAAGUAGGGUUUAUUUGGCGAAGUUUGCUGUCAACUUUCUAUGUAUUUUUAAAGAAAAUUGAAUCAAAUGGAGGGGCUAGUGAUACAGUUACUUGGCAGCACUGGCACAAGCAGCCUGCUAGUGCUGGAACACAAAAAUCAAGAUCAUCUCAAGAAGAUUUUCGCAAAGGCAGUCAAGACUACGUUUUGUUUACUUCCGAGCAAAAAGAAGCUUUUAUUGAUGCUAUUCGGGAACGUCAAAUUAUUUGGGGUUUUAUGCCACGUAACUUCGAGGAGUUUCAAGAAAGGAGAGCUGCCUAUAAUGAAGUCGCUGAAAUUCUUUCCAACGAUAAAUCAAAAUAUACAGGACCAGAAAUGCAAUAUUUAUGGCAUAAUUUGCGUAGUUCAUUUCAACAUAUGUUGAAAAAGGUUAUUGCAAAUGAAGGAGAUGAUAGUAAAAUUACUUGGAUUUAUUGGAAAAAGUUAAAAUUUAUUGAAGAAUAUGAGCGUACAAAAAUAAAUAUAAGAAUGCCCGAGGAGGCGUCGUCUCUUAAUUCAAAAAAUGCGGGCGAAGAAGAAGGGGAAGAAGAACAAAUAAACGAGCCGUCUACGAGUGAUAACUAUCAUCAUGAUUCUCAAAAGGAAAAAGAUUUUGUCAACAACUUGAAUUCUAUGACUGUUGAUUUGUCUAAUUUUGCCAUCUUUCCUGAUGAGGUUGAAAAGGGUGUUAAAAAGUUGGAUAGCCAUGCCCAUAUUAAAACAAGAAGUUCAACAUGUAAUAAUGAUAAUAUUUUGUCAAUUAAUACUAGUCCAAAUUUGGCCAAUUCAAAUAACUCGUCAAGCAGCCAAAUUGAUGAAUGGAAGAAAAAAUCUCGUCAUUUUACAAAUUGCGCACAUACCGAUACAUGUGAUCCUUUUGGAUUAUUUGAAGCAAAUGAAGAGAAUAUUUGUUUUAGCUGUUUGGAGAUUAGAGCUGAUUUAAGAAAAAAGGCCAUUUUAAUGUGGGACGGCGAACAAUUGGAACAACAACUUUGUGAUUAUGCAUAUUUCCAUGCCAUUAAAAUAUUUAAUCCUAAUGCUGAAUAUCAAUUUGCUAAUUCAAAAUCUCAACAUCCUUAUUUUCUUUCUUAUAAAAAUAUUAGACAACAAGUAAAAAUUAUUCUUAAAAAUUUGUCUUCUUUAUUUAAUUUCCCUUCUGAAAUGACAAAUGCUGCAAAAAGAGCUUUUAUGAAACAGACAAAAAAUAAUCAAAACGCUUUGAGAAUUUCUACAUAUUGCAAGAUUCUAUACCGACUAUGGAUGUCACGGGGAUUGAAAAAAAAGUCGGAUGAGGACUUUCAAGAUUUUCUUUGGAUCGGGGUUCGGGGCGAAAAUAAGAUUGAGUUUCGGAUAACCCGUGACCUCCAUGCUUCGGUCAUUUCAAACUUUUCACUAAUUUUUCUUUUAAAUUUUAAGAUUUGUUGUGAGAAGGUAACUUUUACGACAUGUGUUCUUACAUUUGAAGGAAAUAAAUAUAGAAAUAAUUUUGAAUUAAUUGAAAAUGAUGAUCCAAAGCCUAAUAAUUUCAUUGUCUGUUUUCGCCAUGCAAAAUUGUUUUGUAUUUAUUAUCGCCUUCUCCAUAUGGAUUGGAAUAUUCAUUGGAAUUGUUAUUUGAGGAUAUCUCAAAUUCAAAAACGUUUGCCUAAUUUGAAUGAUUCUAAUGUUAUAAAUGCUAUUGAUCCUCAAAUUUUUAUGUAUAUUUCGAAGGAAUAUUUUUCUUUAUUUAAAAUGCUAGAUGAACGCUUAUAUGAUGGAAGUGAUGGAAAUAAAAAAAGUUUUAGUUACGGAGUUACGGACUCGUUACUUGAAGGCUUUUAUAGCUGGGACAAAUUUAAUGACUAUAUCAAGGAUAUGGGAAUAUUGAAAAGAAUAGAAGAAGAAAAAUAG